CCAUUAGCCAUUAGUUCACUAUUCAAGCUUUCACAUUAAUGUCAGGUGUCAGGAUGAAGUCGAAAAAUGUUGCCUUGGUUUUAUUCGCAUUCGUCGUCAUGCAUACGAUUCAAGAGACGACGAGUCAAAGAUGCACAUUUAGUGUGAGGUGUGUGACCUGCAACAUCAAACAAACCUGUAGAAACUUCUGGUUUACAAACAUCCUUCAAAACAUGACCUGCUCCACCAACGUGCCUUACUGUGACCCGGACACAUCAAGUUGUGUGCGAACACCACCAGUAUCUUGUCGACCGACUUCAACUACUACUAUACUACCAACUACCGAUGCACCCACCAGUGCACCUACUGCUGCACCUACCGAUGCACCUACUGCUGCACCUACCGAUGCACCUACUGCUGCACCUACCGAUGCACCUACUGCUGCACCUACCGAUGCACCUACUGCUGCACCUACCGAUGCACCUACUGCUGCACCUACAGAUGCACCUACUGCUGGACCUACAGAUGCACCUACUGCUGCACCUACCGAUUCACCUACUGCUUCACCUACCGAUGCACCUACUGCUGCACCUACAUAUGCACCUACUGCUGCACCUACAGAUGCACCUACUGCUGCACCUACAGAUGCACCUACUGCUGCACCUACCGAUUCACCUACUGCUUCACCUACCGAUGCACCUACUGCUGCACCUACAUAUGCACCUACUGCUGCACCUACAGAUGCACCUACUGCUGCACCUACAGAUGCACCUACUGCUGCACCUACAGAUGCACCUACAGAUGCACCUACUGCUGCACCUACUGCUGCACCUACAUAUGCACCUACUGCUGCACCUACAUAUGCACCUACUGCCGCACCUACCGAUUCACCUACUGCUUCACCUACCGAUGCACCUACUGCUGCACCUACAUAUGCACCUACUGCUGCACCUACAGAUGCACCUACCGAUGCACCUACCGAUGCACCUACUGCUGCACCUACCGAUUAA